UCCGCAGUGUGAUGCUCAAAUGUUUGUGGUUGCAGGAACAGUGAACUAAACACGGGGCAACAUUUAAUAGACUCCUCGCCCUCUUUGGAUUUUAUUGUGGCGACUGAGAUGGCAAAAGGGAAGAAAAACGUGCUGAGAACCGACAUAAACCCCGAGGACACAGCUGAACAUAAAGUCACUUCACGGAAAGAGACAAAGGAAAACAAACCAGCAACUAAUAAGGAUUGCGUAGGUAAAGUGCCGUCAAUUUUCCAGAGUCUACGGAGUCCGAGCAAACCUAGAUCCCCCCUGAGUGACAGUUCAAGCAUGCUGAUCCAGGAAGGAAACGAAUCUGAUGCUGCUAAUCCUGACAUGUCAAAGCUGAAAAAAGACAUACCCAAUGAAAUGAAAUCUGAGAGUUGUGAGUCCAAAGAGCAUAAGCCUGAAAUGCCUUGCCACAGUCAUGGGACCAUAGAGCAACUCACUGACCAGCCUGAUCAAAAAGAGUCCACCACACACACAAAUGCUAGGUCUGCAGCAGACAGCAAAGCUCCAGCAUCCAAACCUCGGAGUAGAACUGGUCACAGGCUCAGAGCAAAAAAGUUGGAGAAUAAAGCUCCCCAAAACAGAAAGGUCACAGACUAUUAUCCCAUCAGACGGAGUAACAGAAAAACUAAGGCAGAGUUAAAGAAUGAAGAACACAGACACAUUGAUGACCUGAUAAAGAAUGGCAUUGAAGAAGGAAUGCAGGUCAAAAACAUUGAAGGAAAAGGAAGAGGGGUAUUUGCUGUCAAGGGCUUCACAAAAGGAGAAUUUGUUGUGGAGUACCAUGGAGACCUACUGGAACUACCUGAGGCUAAAAAAAGAGAGGCCCAGUAUGCUCAGGAUCCCCAAACAGGCUGUUACAUGUACUACUUCCAGUAUCAAUCAAAAACAUACUGUGUUGACGCAACAAAGGAAACAAGUCGUCUUGGAAGACUGAUUAACCACAGUAAAACUGGCAACUGCCAAACAAAGCUCCACGCCAUCGAUGGAGCUCCCCAUCUGAUCUUGGUGGCUUCCAGAGAGAUCAAAGCAGAGGAGGAGCUGCUCUAUGACUAUGGUGAUCGGAGUAAAGACUCAGUCUUGGCUCACCCUUGGCUCAAAUACUGAAACUUCAACCCACGAGUGU